UUUCUUCCCUGAAAGAAACCAACGAACCAGAAAACAAAAUCCUCCCCGGUUCUUUUUCUUUCCCAUUUUCUCCCUGAACUCAAAUGCUCUUACAAUGGUCGGUUUAAGCGUGAUUCUCGAAUCCAACCAGGGAGAUUUUUGUAAUAAAUCAUCCCAGGUUAUCAGUAAAGCCUCCGUUAUGAACCUCACCGUCAACUCCUCUUCUCGCAGUUCUAAUUCCUACCUCCAGACGACGUCGUUUCGCCUCCAUUCCUGCUAUCUCUGUAAUCAGAAGCUCUUGCCUGGAAAGGACAUCUAUAUGUACAAGGGAGAUAGGGGAUUUUGCAGCGUGGAGUGUAGGUGCAGGCAGAUUUUAAUGGACGAAAAAGAGAGUAUAAUGAAGGAAAAUUCUUCGUCGAGUCGUAAAACGGCGUCGCUUUCGAGUUCGGAAUCUGGUUCUUCUUCGUCGACUUCAAUGGCGGCUUCUCGUGACCGUAAAUCCACGAGGAAUCGGAGAGGAGAAUUUGCGUAUUGAGAGGGG